AUGGAUAACAAUUGUCAUGUCUGUGACACAAUAGUUGGGCAAGCUCAUCAAUGUGCCAAGUGCCACAAGCAUGUCCAUUUAUUCAAGUGUGGAAAACCUAUUGGAGAGGAGGGCUAUGGACAAAAAGUGAUUUGUAACACAUGCAACACUGCUGAAGGUAUGUUUUCAUAAUUAUUUAAUGCAGGAAUAUAUAGAAUUAAUCUGCACUUAAUAUAGUGUGUUCUAAUUGUCACAUAAUUGUUUUUAAGUGAAGCUAAUACAUGUCAUUCCAGGAAAACCAAAACGUGAUCAGGUAAACUCCACCCAAAAGAGGCAGUUAGUUUGGGAUUGGAAAAAAGGAUCUCGUGCUGAAAAAGUGGAUAUUCCAGAGAAGAGGAAAAAAACAUUGGUGCAAAAAAAAGACAAAAAUGCAGAUAAGUACAUCUGUCUUCAAUGUUUUGAGUUAUCCUUACAGGGGAAGCAAGAUGAAAAAUGUGCGAGCAUUUGCAGAAUUGAUCAAUCAAGCAUCAAACGCCACAAACAUCGAUGGCACACCUCACCUAAUCCAGAACUAUGCAAAUUUGUUCCUUCAACAGCACUAGAUGUGCAAGAAUUAAGAAAGAAAUAUAAAUUUACAGAAAGUGGUGAUUUAGUCGAGAUGAAAAAAACACUUGAAACUGGGGCUUUGCAAUCCAAAGAGGAUUUAAAUCCUGAAAAGGAAUCCUUUCCAAACGAAUCUGACCGUUGUUCAGUGUCUACAUUUGAGUCAUUGUCAAUUAACAAUUCAGCUAUCGAGUCUUUUGAUGAUUCUCUGUUGGAUUCAUAUCAAGAUUUGGAAGAAAAACCUAUGUCAUCAUCCGUUCAGACACAAGAGUUACUGGAUACAGAGGUUCAUGAUGAACAAAGCCUGGAUGUGCAUAAACCAUCAGCCAAGAGCCAAUCAACCCUGCUAUGUUAUUCAACUCCUCAGUCAAAUACUUCAAAAGAAGACUUGACCCUUCAACAUGUAAUGGGCGCUAUUUCCAACUUAUCCAUAAAGAUGGACAAUAUCAGCAAACAACAUGCAUCUUUGACCGAACUGGCUUUUGAGGACAGUGAAGUAAGAACGUCGGUGAAUAAAAUACGAGAGGCAAAUAAUAUCGUUGAAUUGAAUGAUGCUUCGCCUCUUCUGCAAUGGUUCUACGACGAAAUUACGGAAACGGCUGUGUUACGUUGUUUGCCUUGCUCCCAGCUACAACAAGAAGCUAAACCUUCCCUAGCGAAACUGACACCAUUGCAGGCUCAGAGGAUUUUAAACUCCUCCGGCAGCGGAACUUUGGCAACAGGAAUCUUUUUGAAAAAAGAUAAAACACAAGCUCUUAUAAAAGGUCACAAUGGAACAUGGUACCAUCAAAAAACCGCUUGCAUUGAGCAUUUGUGUCUUAUUGGCUUUGGAUCAAAACAACACAAAAGAGCAAUGGAGAUCUACAAGCAACGGAAACUCUCGGAAGAGAAAAGAGCCACAAGCACGUCAAAUAUUUUUCGGGCCGCUAUUGUCGAUAUCAAAAUGGGAGCAGCUGGAAAACACCUGGAAACAUUAGUUUCUUUUUUAGCCUGCUGUUCUGCCAACGUCGGUAGCAUUGGACACGGAAGGAAUAACUUUAAUGACAUUCUGUCUUGCCUGGAAAGCACCGUGAAUGCGAGAAUGAAGAAAUGGUUGAUGGAACCACUUACUUCCACACUCUUACCGCCCCAUUACUGGGCAACUGUCGACAAAUCUACACCAUCCAGAACAACCAAUCAAGCUGUUCUCGUUGUGGCUCGUGACGAGACAGGUACGCCUUGUCCGAUUCCAGUUGCAGCGCCAGUAGUAUACACUGAAUUCCAAGCAGCAACAUAUGACAAACUUGCAGAUAUCCUUCUUCAAUCUAUUGAGGAUAACUUUGCUAAAGAUGUCAUUACAAGACUCUGUGGUGUAGCUACUGAUGGUCCUUAUUACCAAGCUAGAGCAUUUCGUGACCAGCUUGUCCAAAGAAGUUUUGGAAUCGAAGCUAAAGAUUGUGAGGAUAUAUUCUUGCCAAUUACGUGGGACGUGGCACAUCUAAUCAAUUUAGGUGUUCUAGAUGUAAAGGCUUCCCAAACGCCAAGUGGUACCCACUUCCAAAAGUUUAUUAAGCGCUGUAACGUUUUCAACACUUUACUUGCCAAUGGAAAAGGCUUCGCAUUUCUUCAAAUGGUGGACCAAGACGCAAGAAGACCUGUAUCAUAUGCCACACAGCGUUUACUAGUUCCUCAUAUGAUCAAUGGGUCAAAAUUGAGAAAAGUUACAAUGCCUUCUGCAAGGCAUUCGACCUUUUAAACCCACAUCGAGAUGAAGAAGAAGAAACCCAAUAUAAGAUUUCGGGUUCAGAUUUUGUAGCUGAUUUGCUGGCUUUUAUUGAUACAUUAGAGCCGAUUGUUAAUCUCAUGCUUCGUGUACAGUCCCUUGACUGCCCAGUGUGGAAGUUGAAGUUGUGGUGGCCAAAAAUAAAAUCAGAGAUGGAAAAAGGUUCCCGUGGAGAUCAAGCCUUCUACAAACGGUUGGCAUAAGUUAAAAAUUUCAUCAGACCCGGUGGCCAGUUUAAAGGUGUAGAUCUUUUGGAAGGUUGGCUCAUAACCAAGAUUGAUUCCGACCGUGAUACUCCGGGCAACUCAGAGAAGCUUUACACAUGGAAAAUGAGAGGAGAAGAAGAUAUAGAACGGGAUCAUAAUCAGUUCGCACUGGAUCUAAUGAAUGCUGUGGAGAAAAGAAUCAACUCUACAGUUACAAAGCCGUAUUUGACAACGCUUGAAAUCUUUGAUGCUGGUCGCUUAGUGAGCUUACAGUGCGGACGCCGUCAAGAUAAUGGAAACGUAAAGCUUUCUGUGUCUGAAGGCGAAUAUGAAAGUUAUGGCGCGGAGGAAAGCAAAGCUGUCAUGAAGAGUAUCUCUAAUCUACCCCACAUUAUCUCCUCCGGUAUGGAUUUUGACGAACGUUUGGCUCAUCGAAACAUGUUGCGUAUAAAGGAAACUAUUUUUGCUGGUGUUUGGAAUUGCUUUUGUCCUCUAUGGUUCAGAGAUGAGCACAAUAAUCCGUUACCGAAGAAAGAUGCCGAUCUUAUCGAAAUCACACCAAGCAAUUCAGAUACCUUAUUUGAUGUGAUGUACAUUCUGAAGUACAGCGAUGGCGAAGAGUUUACUGCCCGCUUACACGAGCAAAGCGUUUACUCUUCAUUUUACUCCCAAGAAGAGGUGUAUUCAAUAGCAAAAGCACCUUCAUGUGUGAUGAUUGAUGUCGUCCUAGCAAAAGGUGGGCCUGAAGCAAUAGCUGAAAGCUAUUACAGCGCAAUGAGGGCUCAGCAGCAGUAA